AAAUUACUAACACCUUUCUUUCUUUUUGAAUAAUAGUAACACCUUGGUAAACUGUUAUCAUUAUAGCACAUGGCUAACUUGAAAUUCUGGCUAUGCUUAUUGUUGAUCUGUGUUUCUUUAUCGCUUUCAUCAGCGUCUCGACCACUGCAGCAGCGGUCUCCAAAAGAAGACCGGAUUAAAGGAGGACGUAUGAUGAGAGAAGCAGAGAAAGUGUUGAAAGCGAGUAUGGAGAAGCUAAUGGAAAGUGGUUUUAAUGAGUCCAAGAGACUAAGUCCUGGAGGUCCCGAUCCUCGCCAUCACUAAGCACCUACUCUCCUAGUUUUUAAUUCGAGGAUGUAUAUUUUGUUCUUGAUCAAGAGAACCGGUUUAGAAGAAAACAUAUAUCCAUCCUUUGUUCUUUUCGUUA